UCUUUACGAAUAACGUAAUACAGAAUUUUAUCAUGUAAGAGGAUGUACGCAGUACGUGGAAAAAAAAAUGUGUGUAUUUUCUGAUGGUUUUCACUAAGAUUGUCAGGAUUUUUCAAUAUUUGUAUGCUCGUGCUUCAUUGACAAGUCAUCCUUAUUACAAUAUCAACAGGCAAUUCAUUAGCAGUAUGUCACAGUCAAGUGUGACGUUGUUUGUCGUUGGUGACGUCAUGUUGGGCCGUGGUAUUGACAUGAUAUUACCACAUCACAAUGAUCCAGUACUGUAUGAAAGCAAUGGUCUUGACGCAUAUGAUUAUGUGUACUUGGCAGAGAAACAAAAUGGUCCUAUCCCGCCGGCAUCUGAGAGGGGCGUGUCUUACAUAUGGGGUGAUGCUAUCCAGAUACUAGAGGACAAGAAACCUGAUAUCAGGAUCAUUAAUCUGGAGACAUCAGUAACAACAUGUAGUUCACCUUGGCCAAUGAAAGGAAUAAACUACCGUAUGCAUCCUGGCAACAUUGAUGUCAUCAAGGCUGCAAAGAUUGACUGUUGCAUCUUGGCAAACAACCAUGUUGCAGAUUGGGGCUUUGAAGGGCUAAACUCUACUCUAACAACAUUGAAGGAUGGAGGUAUAAAGURUGCUGGUGCAGGACGAGACCAAGAGGAGGUGGAAUCUCCUGCGAUCUUCGAGGUGCCUGGCAAGGGAAGGGUGAUUGUGUUUGCUGCAGGACAUCACUCCAGUGGGGUACCUGAUUCCUGGCAUGCUUCCAGCACCCAUGGAGGAGUUAACAUCAUUGAAAUAUACAAGCCAAAAAAGGCUGUAUCUGAAUUACAUCAGUUGGUUAAAAAAUACAAACAACAGAAUGAUAUUGUGGUUCUCUCUAUUCACUGGGGCGGCAACUGGGGAUUCGAUAUUGACCCAGCAUUUAAGAAAUUUGCAUAUGCAGCGAUAGACAAUGCCGACAUUGAUUUGAUUUAUGGUCACUCAUCUCAUCAUGUCAAGGGGCUCGAGGUAUACCAUAAUAAGCUAAUCAUAUAUGGCUGCGGAGAUUUCUUGGAUGACUAUGAGGGAAUAACAGGGUACGAGCAUUUCAGAGAUGAUCUUGCAUUAAUGUAUUUUGUGGAAAUCAACCCUGCAACUGGUAAACUUGGUGGUCUCAAAAUGGUUCCAACCCAGACCAAACACCUGAGAGUAAAUAAUGCACCUGAAGAAGGUAUUGAAUGGUUGCAUGAGACAAUGAAAAGAGAAUGCAAGAAACUGGGAAGUCUUGUUGAAAGAAAUGGAAAUGAACUACACUUGGUGCUAUGAAGCUGUAAAAUGUGUGCUUAACUACAGAUCAUAAUAUAAACUGUGCUGGAUYGAUAUCUAAUUAGCCAGCGUUCAACCUUAUGCCUUAAAAGGUAAUACCUGUAUUUACAACUUUUCCAUAUUGCAAGUUUUUUUUUUAUUUGGCAUCUUUUAGCACUCUACAAGCUACAAGUUUUUUUCAAGUAUGCUUGAUAAUUUAGAACAGGUCUAAAAGUAAGAGGCUAUUUAUAAGCUAAAAAUGUUAAAUUAUAAAUAGCUAUUUAGCAAUUAGUCCUCGAGCCCAAAUGGUCUGGGUCAGUUGCUGAUAUUGAAAUUAAUUGAUAUCGAGCUUUGCAUUAUUAAAUUAGCAUUACGAAAGUGUAUCAAAGCUGUUAACAGCAACUGAAUAAAGAGCUAUAUUUUAAGAGUCUGCUAUUUCCAUAAUAAAAAGUCAAAAAAACUUUUA